AUGGUGACUAUAAUAAAGAACCAACUGUUAAAACAUCUAUCGAGGUUCACAAAGAAUCUGUCACCAGAACAGAUCUCCCUCUCAGCGUUGCGAGGGUCUGGUGAGCUGCAAGACCUGACCUUGGAUGAGGAGUUGCUGACAGACCUCCUGGAGCUACCGGGCUGGGUGAGGCUCACUUCUGCAAAGUGCAACAGAGCCUCAUUCAGGAUACAAUGGACCAAGUUGAAGACUGUCCCCAUUGUGUUGAAUCUGGACGAAGUACACAUAGCUCUAGAAGUAUGUCAGGAGCCGCGGGUGAUGAACCCUGGAGCCGCCGGAGCGCUGCCCGUGCCUGGAAAAUACAGCUACAUACACAAGGUGAUAGAUGGAAUCUCAGUGGCUGUGAACCACGUGCAAAUAGACUUUAACUGUGAAGCAUUCACCAGCAGUGUUCAGAUCUCAAGAGUAACCGUGGAGUCUCGGACGCCGGAGGGCCGGAAAGGAGACCUAAGACUGACUAGAAUCAAAUCGCCUGACACCGGACAACUGCUUAUAUUUAAGGAGUUAGAAUGGCAGAGCGCCCGCAUAGAAGCCAAAGCCCACGGCGCAGCCAACGCCAACCUCCCGCCAUUACGACUGUUACUGGGCAACACACACUGUCGGAUUGUCAUCAAGAAGAGACUGUCAGACUGUGCAGUGAUAGGGUCUCGUCUAGCGAUAUGCCCGGAGCCCCUAGCGUGGGCCCUGACAGACGGACAGCUCCGCGCCAUGUUGGCGUGCGCGGUGGCACUCGCCAAGCCAGUGCAGAGAGCUACUGCCGCCGCUACUAGGAUCAAAGCUUUACGGAAGAUCGAGGAGCCUCGAGAGCAGAUAUCGAGCAGACCGGCGACGGGCGAACGUGACAUACUAGCGCGGAUGUUCGCCAAGCAUGACGUCAGGGAGACGUCGUAUCAUCUACUGGCGCCACGGAUAGACCUGCAUCUAUGUGACGAUCCUGGAUUGGGUCGUUCAGAAAAGCCGUCUCUAUCCAAUGGCGGUGCUCUGCAAGUGACGCUGGUCAGCAUGCAGGCCGACCUGUUCCCAUACCACAAGGCGUCAGACGACAGGAGACAUUGGCGAGGAUAUAGGGAAGCGGCGACUCCCCACAGCCAGUGGUUGUCGCAGGCACUGUCGUCAUUCUGCACGACGCUGCUAGACUCGCUCGACCCGCGCCCACUCACUCCUAGCUCCAAGAUGAGUCAACCCGAGAAGUCGGAGGAGCCAGUCUCUAACGGCAUCAAACACAAACAGACUCCCACACAACACAGCGCUUCCAAUGCUCCGUCCACUAACUCUACUACUGCCUCGCAAGCAUCGCCGACUAGAACGCGCAUACUACAACAGCUCGGCAAACUGAUGACGACGUGUCUUGUACUUAGGAUAGACGACUUCACUGUCUAUAAGGUAUCGACGGGGUCCAAGAACCGCGACGCGCCCCGCCCUCUAGUGAGCGCUGAGAAGGCCACGCUACCGGGCGACGCCGGGCUACUUCACGCUGAACUUACUUUCUUCUACUAUCCUGGAGACGUCUGCUUCCCUGUCCCAGCCCCGAAGCUGUACGUGCAGUUGAGUCCGGUCCGUAUAUCGGUGGACGUGAACACAGUGGUGUGGCUGGGCGCCUUCCUGCCGCACGUCGUGCCGCGCGGACAGGACAUGGACAUCGAGGACGCGCCGCCUGCAUACAUGGAUGUUAGGAUGGAAGCUAUCAUGCCUAAGCUGGUACUGGAAGCAGGUCCAGAGCAUGUAUCAGCGCAGCGCGACAGGCCCCGUGAGCUCCAUCUAUGUACAGCGCGCGCUACGCUCACUAACGUACGAGAGUCGCCGCGUGCCAAUUCAGCUGGUACGCGCGCAGACCUAGCGUCUAUACUGGCAGCAUUGCGCAGGUCCGCGCCGCCCCGGGAUCAGUUCCCGUGCGCGGUAGACGACAUGGACCCCAUACAUGAACAGUUUAUUUUACAUGCUGAUAAUUUGGACGACAUAGACCGCGGUACGGCGAUGAGUCCGGAGCUAUUAUGGCGCGAGAAUCGCUCAGUAUGGUGCGCGCGCGUGGAACCGCUGUGGGCAGACUUCUGCGGCGCGCGCGCUACUAACUACAAGCCGGCGCCCUUGUUGGACGCCACGCCACUUACUGCUUGGUUAUGUUUCGCGGACGACUUCAGCCGUAUCUGGAUAGUGGCCCGUACGUGUGGCCUGGCCGGUCUCCAACUCAACCAUUACCAGAUGCUGUUCCUCAUGAGGCAACUAGAAAGGAUCUCCGAGAUGACUGCCUGGCUCGCUCAUGAUGCGGAGAGGCAGCCUGAUGCUGAAGAUGGGACCAUUGUAGUUGGCGUAGUGGUACCAGCAGUGGAGCUAACGUUUGUGCUUCCAUCCAACUGUCCUGGACAGGAGUCGUCCAGGGACCUCGACAGCGUGCCUUUAGACUCCUCCAGCUUGCAAGACUUGAAAAUGGAGCACCAAACUGUAUCCACGCUAGGCGCGUCCACGCCGCUCGAAGAGAACUGCAUAGGUUCUGAGGCGACGAUGGCGCCCUCUAUGAUGGAUCGCGACAGCGGCGUACUGGCCACCACCUCCGUGGAAGUCUAUCAACCUAUACCCAUUGAAGAACCGCCUCCACCCAGUCCUGGACUAAGUUUUGGAGGAUUCUCAUCAAUGCGUCGCGGGUUCACUUCGCUGGUGACGUCAAUAGACAGCGCACUGACGCGCGACGACACGCGCAGUGACGCGGCGUCCACGGCCAGCUCCGACAGUGACCGCUACGUCGUCGUCGGCUUGGCGGCCGAGUCGCCUGAUGAUGCUGACAUGGCAUUUAGGGAGUUUGAGCAUGGACGCGCGGCAUCGUCAAGUGGUGUAGAGGUAGCAGCCGAGGUGGUGGAACGAUCCUCGUCACCGAGCGACCACUCUGUCACCAGCUCUUGCAGGAGAAGAGAUGUCAUAUCAACAAGUACUUGGCGUCUGAACAACAUACACAUAGUUCACCAAAGCGGUGGUGGAAGGACCUGCCUUCGACUGGCUGCCGACGACCUGAAGAGUGACGAGUGUAACGCUAUACCCUGGGAUGAGUUCCAGAACAAGUUCUCAAUGCGGGCGCGGGCCUGGUCGGAGCCGGUCGUCUCUGAGAGUGAUGAGCUGGCGCCGAGGAAUGAGCCUCUAGUCGCCGCUAGACUUGUGAGGACUCAAUUGCCGAGAGCACCUGAAGAUAAGGGUCUAGCACCAUUCGAAGAGUUACUGGAGGCUCGCAUUCGCGACCUUAGUAUAGCUCUGAACAUGAGCACAGCAUUAGCGCUCGCAGAGUUGAUUGAAGACGAAGUGGUCGCGCCGCCUAUGCCGCUUGAGGUCCUAAUAGAAAACGUGAAACUUCACUUAAUAGAAGAUAGACCGACGCGUUCAAUAUCAUCACCACCGCCUCAGCCUCUAGACAUCGACCUGACUACAUUAAGGAUGACCAGGGACACUGCUGGGGUUGUUCGUUUAGGUCCUCCAGUAUCCACACCUUCGACCAUAGCAUCUCCCGCCACGCCACAACCACAACCAGAAUUAGAUGAAGCUAGAGAAAAGAUUGAUAGGCUGAACAGGGAAAAUGAGGAGUUAAGGAAAAGGCUCGUCACGUUGGCGAGGAUAGCGGAGGAUAACCGAGAGUUGAGAGCGAAAGUAGAAGAGGCGUCAGUGUUACGGCAGUGCGUCCACUCGGCACAACAGGAGGCAGCCAGUUUAUUGGCUGACAAACAGGAGCUUUUGGAAGCCAUGCGUAUUUUACAGGAGCAGAUAUCAGGAGGAUGUCGCGGCAAAAGAUAG